AGCUGUACGUUACAUUGUAUACAGACAAGAUGGCAGCUUCAUUGGAAGACGAAUUUGAAGAUGCGCCUGAUGUGGAGCCGUUAGAACCAACACUGAAGAAUAUCAUCGAGCAGAAAUCUUUGAAAUGGAUAUUCGUGGGUGGAAAGGGUGGUGUUGGUAAAACGACAUGUAGCUGUAGUUUGGCUGUCCAGCUUGCUGCUGUCAGGGAGAGUGUCCUCAUCAUCUCCACUGAUCCCGCUCAUAACAUCUCUGAUGCUUUUGACCAGAAGUUCUCAAAGGUGCCUACAAAGGUCAAGGGCUAUGACAACCUCUUUGCAAUGGAGAUUGACCCAAGCCUGGGUGUGGCAGAGCUGCCCGAUGAGUUCUUCGAGGAGGACAACAUGCUCAGCAUGGGUAAGAAGAUGAUGCAGGAAGCCAUGAGCGCCUUCCCCGGCAUCGACGAGGCCAUGAGCUAUGCAGAGGUCAUGAGGUUAGUGAAAGGAAUGAACUUCUCAGUGGUGGUCUUUGACACUGCCCCUACCGGUCACACACUACGGCUGCUCAACUUUCCCACCAUUGUGGAGCGUGGUCUGGGCCGCCUCAUGCAGAUAAAGAACCAGAUCAGCCCUUUCAUCUCCCAGAUGUGUAACAUGCUCGGUCUGGGUGACAUGAACGCAGACCAGCUGGCGUCUAAGCUCGAGGAGACCCUGCCAGUCAUCCGCUCAGUCAGUGAGCAGUUCAAAGAUCCCGAACAGACCACCUUCAUCUGUGUGUGUAUCGCUGAGUUCCUCUCGCUGUAUGAGACGGAGCGGCUGAUCCAGGAGCUGGCCAAGUGCCGCAUUGACACACACAACAUCAUCGUCAACCAACUUGUUUUCCCUGACUCAGAGAGGCCGUGUAAAAUGUGUGAAGCCCGCCAUAAAAUUCAGUCCAAGUAUUUAGACCAGAUGGAGGACCUUUAUGAAGAUUUCCACAUAGUCAAGUUACCGCUGCUGCCCCAUGAAGUUCGAGGUGCCGACAAGGUCAACACGUUCUCAAAGCAACUUCUGGAACCCUACAAACCCCCAAAUAAGUGAUCUCCCUCCCUGCAGGAUCUCCCCUCUCCCUCUUACAGACCACACCUUUACAGUCUGAACUCACCCCCGUCUGAGCUCCCCCCAGCCAGCCUCAAACCCCGCAGUAACAGCCUCAAGUUGAUCCACUGUGUCCUCAGCCCGUCAUCCACAGCAGAGCACUGCUACAGCAAGACACACGCCCUUAUUGAAGGGGAGCUGAUGAAAUCACAAACACACACAUACAUAACCUACUACAUUGUUAGAGAGAUAAGACAGUACAAAUCUGUGCUGUUUUACUCUCAGUUCACCUUCUCUUUCCUUCAUAUCCUCUGUGUGGCAGUUGUACUAUUCCUACUCGAAGCAUUUAACGUUUUCUCUACAAAACAAACUCUCCCCCCCCCCUUCUCCAUCAUGUGCAGUGUCCAGCCUCAGUUGAGAAAACAAAGUGUUUCCAGUGAUGUUGCUGUGUAUUCCAGGAUAAAACAGCUUUCAAAUGGUCGAUGUUUAUGCCUUGUUAAUUCUGUGUGGUUCAGUGGCUGUGUCUGUUCUCCAGUUUGACUUUUGACUAAAAUUUCAUGCAAAUUUAUCGCUCACUUAUUGGGACUUUACAUCAGAAUUUCUACACAUUCAGGGUGACAGCAGGGCUUACCUUACCUUUAAAAAAAACAACAUAAAAAUACAAAUAUGGUCUGUGGUCUUUAGUAAUUUUUGUUCUUGAGCAAGACCAUCCUUAUUAUUGCAGGAAAGAAAACCAGAGCCGUCUGUAGUACGUUUCUUACCAUUUGUCAAAUCAUUAGACCUUACCUCGCCAUGUGAUCCUGGUGUAAAUGCAGUAACCUAAUGUCACUGAGAUUUUGAAUCAAGUCAUUGCGAACUUUAUAUCCAAAUAUGGCUGUUAAUGGUUUGAACUGGACAGUCUUAAUGGCCUCUGUUAAAUAUUUUAGGCCACUGUGGUUGCUUCAGGUGGUAUGUGGUUGGAGACACCACCAGUUUUAUGAGAUUCAAAGGCAAAGUGUGUGAUGAGACGCUUGAUGUUUGAAUGGCUGGAAGCUAAAAGAGUUUAUUAUUGACGCAGCUGAACUCCCGAUACCAGCUUCCCAUACAGUGCUCAUAAAACUCAUCAAACACUCUACUCUGUCAGACAUUUUGUGUCCAUCCUGUUUACUGAGAACUAUAUGGAAACACUAUUGGAAUACAUUAGUAGCCUUAUUUAGUGCAUUGUUAAUUAAAAAUACAUUGAAUGUUGAACAUAUGAAUGGUGAGGUCGGCUCGCCUGAUGCUUCAUUGUUUUCCAAUAGAAAGCUAUAGAUGAGAGGUUAAUGCAUCCUCAAGGAAAAACAAAUAUUCCCUCUCUGUCACUGAAUGCUUUUGAGUCAAUAAGAAUCUGUUUUCUAUAGAUUUUCUUUAAAUUAUGUUGCGAGUAUUAAUUAAAACAAACUUGCCUCAGA